AUGGUGUUUGCACAGCUGAUUUAUGUCCACCUGCAAGAUUUUCCAAGUGGCAGCAAGGAUGGCCUCCUCUGUGCCACCCCAGCGUCAAGCCCAGUUCCACCCACUGGGAGCUGUGGGCAGAGCUUAAGAACCGGGGGGACAGGGAACAAGGUCUUGCCAGCGAGGUUCAGGCAGGAAGGCCUGGCCUCCGGCUCACUCUGUGCCAGUGGAAAAAGAGACGUUCUAUUUCUUUGGAGAACCCUGGUUAAAAUAGUAGAGUAUAUCCAGGCUGAGAAGUUCAGGAGGAAGUUUGAUUUAGGAUUUGGCCCAGGUUUGGAAAACCUCUAGAUAGAUGUCAUUCAUGAAGACCAUGAAAAUGAACAAAAUUCAAAGAGAGGAUGUAAAGUGAACUACAACAUAGGCCAAGGAUAA